AUGCGGGGUGUGAUUCAACAACGGGGCUUUUGUAAAAGCCAAAUCACACGCGCGCAUAAUAAUGCCCUCAAAUUUGUGGAUGACAUUCAAUCAGUGGACACAAUUGUGGUGCGCCUGACGCAAAUUCAAGACAAUUAUUUGCGGUUUGUGCGACAUUCGGAAGAGCUGUACGCCUUCCAAUCGGAGUCGGAUUGGGAGAAUCCGGACGAAGAUUUUGAUGCCUAUGAGGAGAAACAUUACGCUACACACGCCAUUCUAAGCAACACUCUGGAGGAGUUACGGCGUGAUCAGACGUCGAACAAUAUUUUGGCCACUGUGCAACCAGCAGAUGCGCUCCAGAGGAGCCAUGUGGAUUUCCAGUUCGAGCGAAUCAAACUCCCAACCUUUGCCGGGAAUUUUGAGGACUGGAAACAUUUUUCGGAUAUGUUUACGGACUCGAUUGCUUCCAAUUCGAGCCUAACGGAUUGUCAACGAUUUCAUUAUCUCAAAUCGUAUCUAUCCGGAGACGCGCUCAAUUUAGUCAAACAUAUUCCUGUGACUAAUGAGAACUAUCGGGAAGCAUGGGAUCGGCUUGAGCAGCGAUAUAACAAACAAUCGCUAAUUAUCCGAUCAUUCCUCAACAGUUUCAUGACCCUUCCCAGUGCUACGUCUACAAAUCUCAGCACAGUGCGGAAACUGGCCGAUGGCGCAGACGAAGUUAUUCGUGGUUUGCGAGCCCUUGACUGCGAAGAGAGGGAUCCUUGGCUAAUCUUCAUCCUAUUGUCAAAAUUGGAUACCGAUACUUGCCAAGCUUGGGCGCAGUGCGUAGACUCCGAGGGAAAAGGUGUGACCAUCAACCAAUUUCUUAAAUUUCUCACCUCUUGCUGCGAUACUUUGGAGGCUUUUCACUUAGUUCGACCAACCCAAGCUCGACGCGCAGCCACAACGCACCACGCAGAUACGCAUCCUAGACGAGAAGAACCCAAAUGCACAUCGUGCCAGCAAACUCAUCAACUGUUCAAGUGUCCUCAGUUCAACGGACUCGACAUCGCAGCUCGCCGGGAGUUUCUCAAGACGAAAAAGCUAUGUUUCAAUUGCCUCAGCCCAAGUCACAUGGCGGGUAACUGUACAUCGAGACAUACUUGUCGGAUUUGUCGCCGCAAGCAUCACACCCUGGUUCACCCUGGCUCGGCGCAGCCAACUCAAAAUGGUAACUACUUGGAGAGAGCCCGUACGGACAGCCGCGAUCAUCCAUCAACUUCACAAGCGGCAUCUACGAUCGGCCAGAAUCAACCGCCUGGUCAAGAGAUUCAUCUAUCAGGGAGUUUACCUCCCACGGAAAAUAACUUCACGCAUCAUACGCUGGAGAAUAUUUCAGCUGCAGGUUCGCAGACUCUGUUGCCAACCAUCCUUGCAGACGUCGUCGACGCCUGGGGAAAUGCUACAACCUGCAGGCUGCUCUUGGACACUGGGUCCACAAUCACCUUGGCGUCGGAAUCAUUUGUCCAGCGAAUAGGCGUACGUCGAACGCACGCCCGGAUUUCUGUACUCGGUCUCGCAGCCAACAGCGCUGGCGUUACCCGAGGACGCGCACAUAUCAAGCUGCGCUCUCGUCAUUCGGACCAAACUGUCGAACUGGUCUCGUUUAUUCUCAAUUCGCUGACAUCAUCACUCCUGGCCCAGGCUAUUGACACCUCAUCUUCUACGUGGAAGCAAAUCUGCGAGCUUCCUUUGGCAGAUCCCACAUUCUGCACGCCAGGAUCCAUCGAUGUCAUCGUUGGAUCAGAUCAACUCUGGUCUCUUUAUACUGGAGAACAGAAAUGCUUUGGUAACGACUCUCCUAUCGCUCUGAAUACUGUUUUUGGUUGGAUUAUUGCAGGCUCUUACAAUGCAUGCGAUGAUCACCUGACUUCAGCCGUUACUCAUCACACGGACCUCGACACGAUGGUUCGCUCUUUCAUGGAGAUGGAUAAUAUACAUCCUAGCCAGGCUCUUUUGGACGCCAACGAUCCAAGAGAGCGUCAUUUUGCUGCCACCCACACGCGCUUGGAGAACGGGGUUUACCCCUUCAAGGAGCAUGCGCCGCCUGUUGAUUCAACUUUACCGCAGGCCAUCAAUCGCUUCCACUCGCUGGAACGCAAGUUUCGUCGAUCUCCAGACUUGAAGCAGCAGUACGAAGCAUUUCUGGACGACUACUUGCGACGUGGUCAUAUGGAACAGCUGACAUCGGCUCAAAUGGAUGAGUCCCCAGAAACCUGCUUCUAUCUGCCGCACCACGCUGUCAUCAAACUGGACAGUCUGACUACGAAAUGUCGCGUAGUUUUCGAUGGAUCGGGAAAGGACAGCUCUGGAGUGUCUCUCAAUGAUCGACUUCAAAUUGGCCCACCCAUUCAACGAGAUCUUCUCGGCGUUUGUUUACGUUUCCGGCAGCACCCAUAUGUUUUCUGCGCGGAUAUCGAGAAGAUGUUCCGAGGAAUUCAAGUCUUCAAGCCGCACACCAAUUAUCAGCGCAUUGUUUGGCGCAAGAACGAGAAUGAACCACUGCUUCAUUUUCGCCUGUUGACGGUCACCUACGGAUUGGCGCCGUCACCAUUUCUGGCUGUUCGAGUUCUUAAGCAACUAGCUGAGGAUCACCGCCACGAGUUCCUCGCAGCAGCCCACGCGCUUCUACACGACGCUUAUGUAGAUGACAUCCCAACGGGGUGCAACUCAUUCGAAGAGCUCAUGAUUCUUAAAAACGAGCUGAUUCAACUGUUGGAUAAGGCGCAAUUCAAACUACGAAAAUGGAGUUCCAACAGUUGGCGUCUUCUAAAAUCAUUGCCAGAAGAGGACCGAUGCUAUGAGCCUAUCCAGCUCCUCGACAAAUCAGCUGCGGAUUCACCAAUCAAAAUUCUUGGCAUCCAAUGGAAUCCCGGAAAGGACGUCAUGUACCUCAAUAUCAAGGAGUGCGAUCCGACCAUUUCUCCGACGAAAAGGGAACUCUUGUCGCAGCUAUCAAGAAUCUAUGACCCGCUUGGAUUGGUAGCGCCAGUCACAGUUCUACUCAAGCUCAUCUUCCAAGAAAGCUGGACAAGUGUUCUGCAAUGGGAUGACCCGAUUCCUGAAACUCUACGCUCGCGCUGGAAGGCCUUGGUGGAGGACUUGCCGACACUUACGCAAUGUCAAGUACCACGAUACAUUGCGUCACCAUUCCAAGACGUUCAACUACACGGAUUCGCCGACGCAUCCGCGCAAGCCUACGGUGCGGUUGUAUACGCUCGAGUAGCAUAUGGAGGCAGUUUUCAAAUCACCCUAGUUGCUGCCAAAACCCGUGUAGCCCCGAUCAAGCCUGUUUCGAUCCCACGUCUGGAACUGAAUGCUGCUUUACUUCUUUCUCGAUUGCUCUCGAUUGUCAAAGCCUCACUAACGAUUCCUAUUUUCAGCACGAGCUGCUGGACAGAUUCAGAAAUUGUGCUACACUGGCUUUCAGCUCCCCCACGAAACUGGAACACAUACGUCUGCAACCGAACGGCUGAGAUCCUGAACGACUUUCCUCGCAGCUGCUGGAAUCAUGUUCGCACAGAGGACAACCCUGCCGACUGUGCUUCUCGAGGACUUCAUCCGUCCAAGCUUCUGGAGCAUCGACUGUGGUGGAAGGGUCCAUCAUGGCUGGCCACACCGCCCUCUGAUUGGCCACCGUCUACAAGCAAGUUCAGCGUAUCUUCAAAUCUCGAUGUCAACACCGAAGAGGGAUCUGUCAAGCCCACAACUCUACAUAACUUUCCAUAUGAAAAUAUCUACGAGUUACUCAUCCACAAAUUCUCAACCUGGACGCGUCUGCUAAGGGUAUCUAGCUACUGUUAUCGCUUUAUUCACACUCUUCGAUCUCGUCAUAGGAAUCCGGCACCAUUCCUUACAUCCGAAGAGUUGCAGGCCGCACGAUGCCGACUCAUCCGACACGUGCAAAAAAUUUCUUUGCCAGAGAAUAUGCGCAGCUAG